GGUGGUGACUAGGAAGGAGGGGGAGGGGGGCUCGCUUCUCUUGGACUUCGGGUGCUUCAUUUUUCCUUUCGGUGGGAUUAAGAUCCGACGCCGGUUUAGGGAAGCCAGUUUGAGCCCUAACACCGUUCUGAAAGGAGAGAACAGCUUGUGUGGGGAGCGGUUCAAGUUGCGGAGGGAGUGCGAGCCGGGAGCUCCCCCCCCCAUCCCGGCGAAUGGUGCGGCCCUGAGCGGGUCCCGGAGCCAGCCCGACGUGUCUAGGAGAGGCCCCGGAGGGGGCGGGAGGGUGGCCCGCGGGACGCGGGUUCUGUGAGGAGACGCGGGGAACCUUGGAUUCCGAGAAGAGGAAGAGCGCGAGUGAACGGGAGCGAGCCCGCUGAGAGGGAGGGAGGGAGGGGGCUGCCAAGAUGGCGUCAGCCUCCUCAGGGCCGUCGUCGGCCGGGUUUCCAGCCUUUGAUCCUGGGGUUCCCACCGGCACCUCGACCUCAGGUUUCAAGUAUCUGUGCUGUGGGGUCAACCGUAAGAGAGCAGCAGCACCUGGAGUCAAGAAAUCCAUGGCACCCGAGGUGCCUUAUACCUCUACUAUGCCCAUCAAGAAAAUAGGCCACAGAGGGGUUGAUCCCUCAGGAGAGACAACAUAUAAAAAGACAACCUCAUCAGCUUUGAAAGGUGCCAUCCAGUUAGGCAUUACACACACGGUGGGAAGCCUGAGUACCAAACCAGAGCGGGAUGUUCUCAUGCAAGACUUCUAUGUGGUGGAAAGCAUCUUCUUCCCCAGUGAAGGAAGCAACCUGACUCCCGCUCAUCAUUACAAUGACUUUCGUUUCAAGACCUAUGCACCUGUUGCCUUCCGCUACUUUCGGGAGCUGUUUGGCAUUCGACCUGAUGAUUACUUGUGCUCUCUUUGCAGUGAGCCUCUGAUUGAACUCUGCAACUCUGGAGCUAGUGGUUCCCUCUUCUACGUCUCCAGUGAUGAUGAAUUCAUCAUCAAGACAGUCCAGCAUAAGGAAGCAGAAUUUCUGCAGAAAUUGCUUCCAGGAUACUACAUGAACCUCAACCAGAAUCCUCGAACUUUGCUGCCUAAAUUCUAUGGACUGUACUGUGUACAGGCAGGUGGGAAGAACAUACGAAUUGUGGUGAUGAACAAUCUCUUACCACGAUCAGUCAAAAUGCAUAUGAAAUAUGACCUCAAGGGCUCAACCUACAAGCGGCGGGCUUCUCAGAAAGAACGAGAUAAACCUCUUCCCACUUACAAAGACCUGGACUUCAUACAAGACAUGCCUGAUGGUCUUUUUUUGGAUGCUGACAUGUACAGUGCUCUGUGUAAGACCCUACAGCGUGACUGUUUGGUGCUACAGAGCUUCAAGAUAAUGGACUAUAGCCUCUUGAUGUCAAUCCACAACAUAGAUCAUGCACAGCGAGAGCCCUUAAGCAGUGAAACACAGUACUCAGUUGACUCUCGAAGACCAGCUCCCCAGAAGGCUCUCUAUUCCACAGCCAUGGAAUCGAUCCAGGGCGAGGCUCGACGGGGUGGCACCAUGGAGACUGAGGACCAUAUGGGUGGCAUCCCUGCCCGGAAUAAUAAAGGGGAGAGGCUCCUCCUUUAUAUUGGCAUCAUUGAUAUUCUACAAUCCUACAGAUUCGUUAAGAAGUUGGAGCACUCUUGGAAAGCGCUGGUACAUGAUGGGGACACUGUGUCAGUGCAUCGUCCUGGCUUCUAUGCUGAACGUUUCCAGCGCUUCAUGUGCAAUACAGUGUUCAAGAAGAUCCCCUUGAAGCCCUCUCCUUCCAAAAAGUUUCGGUCUGGCUCAUCUUUCUCUCGGCGAGCAGGCCCCAGCGGCAACUCCUGCAUUACUUUCCAGUCAUCCAUCUCUGGGGAGCACAAAGCACAAGUGACAACAAAGGCGGAAGUGGAGCCAGACAUCCACCUCGGCCGUCCUGAUGUCUUACCUCAGACUCCACCUUUGGAGGGAGUCAGUGAGGGCUCACCUGUUCCUGGCCCCAGUGUCUCAGCUGUAGCUAAAACUGAAACUGAAGCUACAGCUACAGCUGCAGCUGCAGCUGCAGAGUCUCUACAAGUACUAAAUACAAGUACAACCUUGGAAAAGCUUGAAAUUACAGAGCCAGAGUUGACCAAUUGAACAGCAGACCUCAGAAGACCCAAAACAAGAUCCUACUGUCUCUGUGAUCCCAAGAUGUCAGCCCUUGCCCCGGGAAUGCUGAAUUUUCUUCUCUUCUUGGUCAUCAAAAAAGGAGUAGAAAUUGGAGUCUAGGGGACAUCUCCAUCUCCUUUCAGAAGAAGAUCUCGUUCCCUCUCCCUCCCUCUAGUGGGCAGCAGUGCCUUGGACAGCUGAGGACAGCAGCGUUUCCUCCACUCCACAGUUGGGGGACAUGAAUUUUCCAGUGGCUAGCCAUUGCUUCCACACUGAAUUUUUUUCAAAUCCCCAUUUUUCAUGUUGGAAGUGGGGUUACUGGACUUGGUAGUUCUCUUUUCCCUCCUUUAAUUUUACCAGGAGCUGGACUCUUAAUUUCCUCAGGACAGACUGCCUACCACAUUAUUCCCACCGUAGCUCUUUCUUUCUGAUCCUUAGAGGAAGACCCCUGUAAUUUUUUUAAAGUUGUUUUUUUUUUUUUGCAGGAGGGGGGUGUUAAUGUUAUUUAAACCACCUCCCAACCUUUUUUAGAUUUCCUUAACAAAGGAAAAGAAUAAACAGCACACAGCACAAUUUCAAGCCAGUUUCAGAUAAAACUCCAGUAGUGUCAAAAGAGGUGCCUCUCAGUAUGCAGAAUUAGUUCUGCCAGCAGCAGCUCCUUGUAACUCCUCUUUUGAUGAGUUUAAGGCCGAAAGAAUGAAGCAAAGGAGACAUGGAUUGUCCCCUCCCUUUUUAUUAAAACACUGGGGCAGCCAUGGGGCUGGGAGAUGAAAGCUCCUUCUUAAGAAGAACUCAUUCACUGCCAGGCCAUAAUGAUUAGUACUGUUUUGCAGUUUGAAAUGUAUUCUGAUUCUUUUUCUAAAUAUGAACACCUAGCAAAUGAAUUUUUGACUAUUCUCCAAAUGAGAUUGCUUCUUUGUUCUUCCCAUUUUUCCAACAAUGUUCCACUCUCCCUGGAGCUAAAGUAGAGGGAGACACUUGCAUCUGUUGAACAGGCAGUCCAUAUCUCUGAGGCUAGAGAAUAUUCUCUUCAACACUUGGGGAGCAGCAGACUCUUGCCUUGGUGAGGUUGUCACUGUGUCAAAUGGCCUGCCCCCUCUCGUCGCAGGGAACUUAGAAACGGGGCUGAUAAGUCCUUCCCUCCCCAUGUCUGAGAGUUGUGGUUGUCCAUCUCUGUUGAUCCGCCACUCUUGUCAGGGAAGAAGGGGGCGUGGUGUCUCAGGCAGAUCGUUAAAGUUACACUAUCUCUUUUCCAUCCUACCCUACCUUGAUAGUAGGCUAGCCCAUACCCAAGUAACUGUCUAUAUUAGACACCCCCAGCCAGUUUUUGGCUGCCUGUCUUUGUUGCCAUGUUCUUUUUUACAAGAAGGAAAGAAACAGUUCUUGCUAUUUUUUUCAUAAUUUACUAUUUAUGAUGUAUUUAUGUGUUUUAUUCAGGACAGAGUUCUGUAAGGGGUGGGAGGGACUAAGUCUUAGGGAAAGGAAUGGGGACUCGACAUUUUUAUGAAGUGUUACUACUUGCCUCUACUUUGUAUUGUUCAGAAACGGCAAAUGCAAUAUAAAAGUAAUAAAUACAAAUAUCUGGUUUUAAUGUAUAAACUUUCA